AUGACUGUGGAGGUAGCUAUCGCAAACGUCAAUUGUAUCCUUGGGGAAGGACCACACUGGGACCAUCAGGAACUGAGACUCCUCUUCGUGGAUAUACUGGCCAACAAAGUGUACAAGUGGGAUCCCGUUACAGAAAAUUUGGAUAGUGUUACUUUAGAGGACACAGUUGGGGCCGUUGUUCCGUGUAAGAAAGGAGGCUACCUGGUAGGUCUUGGACGUACAGUAGCUCAUUUGGACUGGUCAUCUCAAAAAGUGACAAAGUUGCAAGAAAUACCACUAAAUGGCACCAAAAACAGGUUUAAUGACGCUAAGUGUGAUCCUGCAGGUAGAUUCUGGACAGGGAGUAUGGGCCACCAAAUAUCACAAAAUCCUAACAUUUUUGAACCCGAGAAGGGCGAGUUAUACUGCUUCGAUGCUGAUGGCACCAUCCACAAGCGCGUGGAGAAAGUGGGGAUCUCUAACGGCCUAGUGUGGACUCAGGACCGACGUACCAUGUACUAUAUAGAUACCGUGCCAGCACAAGUUUACGGCUUCGACUACGACAUCAACACUGGAGCUAUCACAAAUAGGAGAGUUGUCAUUGACUACAAGAGUUUUGACGACGCUGAUUCUAUGGGAGUCCCGGAUGGAAUGACAAGUGACAUCGAUGGCAAUCUUUGGAUCGCCAACUGGGGUUUCGGGAAAAUCAUUUGUUUUGAUCCUAAUUCAGGAAAGAAACUGAGGACGGUUCAAAUUCCCGCCAUGAGAACAACUUCCUGUUGUUUCGGCGGGAAAAAUUUGGAUGAACUGUACGUCACAUGUGCAAGUCAAGGAGCAACAGAUGAGGAACUGGCAGCUUAUCCAUCGACAGGGUCCAUAUUCAAGGUCACGGGUUUAGGAGUGAAAGGGCUACAAGCCAACGUAUAUGAGGGAUAG